AUGAACUGCCCCUCUCGAACGGACGACACCAUCCUCCACUGCGAGUGGAACCAGAACCCCCCGUUCCUCGCUCCGGACUUGACCACCCGCCAAGAUCUGAAUGGCAUCUCCAACGCCCGUGAACACAAGAAAGGCAUUGGGUUGGAUGAGCCAUCACGAUCCGCGUUUGAAGAAGCGGGCAAUGCAACCACUCAAUUAAGGGACCCGGAGAAGCGCAGGCUAUGGAGCGUGGAGGCGUCGCUGACAAAGUCAGGACGUCUCCCUCACCCCAUGGCCGUCAUCACCCACGGUCAACAGGGUGAAUUAUCCCUAAAGAAUAAUCAAUCCUCGUUUGAGAAAGCCCGGAGCUGGGCGUUGUGGCUUCUCUCCGUUCUGUUGACGUCGGCCGUCAUCUCCCACGAUAGCCUGGCGAGAUACUUUAUAUCUGAACCUUCUCCUUCAUCGUCCGAAGUCGCAACCCCCGAGAAGAGUGUGCCACUCGUCCGCCGAAAGGACAGUUGUGCCAGCGGAGGCGCGAACAGUGCUUUAUACAACACUCCGCUGCAUGUCGGGGCCCUGUUCAUCAUCCUCGGCGUAUCCUUUCUCGCCUGCGCAUUUCCUAUUCUAGCCAUAUGGUUUCCUCGCCUUCGGAUCCCUUCUUCGUUUCUCUUCUGCGUCAGCCACUUUGGAACCGGUGUCUUAAUCGCCACCGCCUUCGUACACCUUCUCCCAACGGCCUUCCAAUCACUCAAUGACCCGUGCUUAUCUGGCUUCUGGACCACCGACUACCCUCAGAUGCCCGGCGCUAUCGCGCUGGCGGGCAUAUUCUUCGUCACCGUGAUUGAAAUGGUUUUCAGCCCGGCGAGGCACUGCUGCCGUAUGCCGACUCAAGUGUCCAGGCCGAAUGCGUCAGACAAAUCCGUUGACGACACCCUUCCGAGGAUCGAUAUAACCGAUCAUUCGGACCCUCAAUCUAAUCCCACACCGCCUCCUGGACUCGAUUCGCGACCUCAUCUCCGUGACAAGGGACCGUUGAUCGGACGGUCGUCCAGCAUUAGUCGUGCGAUCAACAAAAUCGGAGAAGACCCCGAUCGGAUAUGCCGCAUUUCUUCUGCCCCCGAUCCUCACCAAUAUAACGAUGAGCCCAAGGUGGAGCCUGUCUCUGAUGGCGAGCAGGACCAUGAGGGCUUCUUGAGCCCACAUCAGAAGCGUCGCAAAGAAAUUAUGCAGGUGUUCAUGCUAGAGAUGGGAAUUCUCUUCCACAGUGUCUUUAUCGGCAUGUCGCUCAGUGUUUCGGUGGGGAGUGAAUUCGUCAUCCUGUUGAUCGCGAUCGUCUUUCACCAAACAUUCGAGGGACUCGCUCUGGGCUCCCGAAUUGCUGUUCUCUCUUGGCCCGAAAAGGCCUGGCAGCCAUGGCUGAUGUCGCUGGCUUACGGAUGCACGACACCCAUCGGACAGGCCAUUGGCAUCGCAACUCACACUCUGUACAGCCCCGACUCGGAAGUGGGUCUGUUACUUGUGGGCACAAUGAACGCCAUCUCUGCCGGUCUGUUGAUCUUCGCGUCCCUGAUCGAACUAAUGUCUGAGGACUUUCUCAGCGAUGAGAGCUGGCGUGUGCUACGGGGUAGGAAGAGAGUGUGUGCUUGCAUUCUUGUGUUCCUGGGAGCGUUUUGCAUGAGCGUUGUUGGGGCUUUCGCUUAG